UCCUCUCCCUCUGGGGAGUGGGAAGGUGUCGGGCGGGUCUGGAGAGCUGGCCUGCAUCCUUCGGGCCUCGGCUCCCCUCCCUCUCUGUCCACUGGGAGGCAGGAGACAGGAAAUGACAGCCGUGGAUGUGGUAUGAUUUUUACUGAAACGGCAUUUGGGAGCCUCGGCCACAUGCCGUCCAUCUGUUUUCCUCUCUGACACCAGCCAGGUGGCCCCCUCCCUGUCCAUCCCUGGCAUGACUUCAGCCUCUGGCUCCGCCGCUGCUGGCUGCUUUCCACAUUCCAGGCCCUUCCCGAACCCAGGCAUCCGAGCCGCCAGCCGAAAGCACGCGUGUGGCUCCCCCCACCCCCGGCCUGUGACUCAGGCCCUCUGCGGGGACCAGCCCUCUUCUUGGUACUCCCCAGGAAAGCAGGGCAGGGGAAGGGGACUCGCAGUGACCUCACAGCCAGAGGGUAUAAAAACACCGAAAGCGAAGACAGGAGACCUGACUGCGCCGCCUGUUCCUGGAGACCCCGGCCUGCCGUCACUGAGGUCACAGAUUCCCGCUGGCGGGGCCUGCGCGCUGGUGAGGCUGCCUGGGCCGGGAGGAGCCAGGAGCCGGUAGGUGGGGAGCAGGCAGGGCCCCGGACUCCCAUGACAGGCUCCAUGCCGGGCGCGCCCUGCCUCCUGUGGCUGCUCCUGGCCGUCGCCUGCUCCGGGCUUCCCGGGGCGCGGCCCUGGGCCCCGCGGGCCUUGGGGGAGGAGGAGGAAGAGGAGGCCCCGCGGACCCCCCGGCCGGCCGUCCUCUGCGACUAUGACCGCUGCCGCCACCUGCAGGUCCCGUGCGGAGAGCUGCAGGCGGGCCCGGCGCCCUGCCUGUGCCCCGGGCUCUCCAGCCCCGACCGGCCGCCCCUGCCGCCGCGCCUGGCGGACGUGCACGUGUUGGCCGAGGCGGGCGGCGCCGAGGUGCGCUGGUGCGCGCCCUCCUCGCCGGUGCUGCGCUACUGGCUGCUGCUGUGGGAGGGCGGCGGGCCCCCGCGGCGCAGCGGCCCCUUCGACGCCACCGCGCGCCGCGCCGAGCUGCGGGGGCUGCGGCCCGGGGGCGCCUACUUCGUGUGCGUGGUGGCGGCCAACGCGGCGGGCGAGAGCGGCGCGCCCGGGCCCGCGGCGGCCCCCGAGGGCUCCGCGGGCGGCCCUGCCCUGGGGCCGUGCGGCCCGGUGGUCGUGCCCCCGCGGCCCGGGAUCCUGGUGCACGCGGCCGUGGGGGUGGGCGCGGCGCUGGCCCUGCUGAGCGUUGGCGCCCUGGCCUGGCACUGCUGGCUGCGGGAGCGCUGCGGCUGCCCCCGCCGCCCCCGCCAGCCCCGGGGGGUCCACUGAGCCCCCGCCAGCCCCGGGGGGCCCACUGAGCCCCCGC